CGGCCGGUUCCGCCAGCAUCCCAUGGCUCUUCGCGCGCUCCCGCCGUGCGCAGAGACUUCCGGCGGCGGCUGCAACCAUGGCGUACCGCGGGCAGGGCCAGAAGGUGCAGAAGGUGAUGGUGCAGCCCAUCAACCUCAUCUUCCGCUACCUGCAGAAUAGGUCCAGGAUCCAGGUGUGGCUUUAUGAGCAAGUGAACAUGCGGAUAGAAGGCUGCAUCAUUGGCUUUGAUGAAUAUAUGAACUUGGUGCUGGACGACGCAGAGGAGAUUCACUCCAAAACAAAGUCAAGGAAACAGCUGGGUCGGAUCAUGUUAAAAGGCGACAAUAUCACUCUUCUACAAAGUGUUUCUAAUUAGGAUUUGUUGUUCGUCACUUAGAAUAAUGGCCACGGUGCUUCGGAGUGAAUGAAGUUAGUGGGAACAGGAGCAGUUAGGCAGGAAGUUGUGCUAACUUGGGGUCGCAUGCAGAGUUGGUAACUGAGUUCCUUUGUGCAAGUAAUUUUUUGUAGUUUGAAAUGAUGAACAAUGUAUUUUGCAAAUAAACAUUUUUCAUGUUAACGGUAAA